AUCCGUUCAUUCGGGCUCGCACGGCUCGCAUCGUCACAGGUCGGGUACGUGCUGCUGCUGCUGCUGUUGUUACUGCUACUGCUGCAUCUGCUCUUCAAAGGGCUUCUUUGUUGAAGCACUUCAUAUAGUUCUGUUCGUCUUGUUGCCUGUUAUUUUUUUUUAUUUUAUUUUAUUUUAUUUUAUUUUAUUUCACCUUUCCUCUUACGUGUACUUCAGCUAACGAGAUUUCUCGAAAGGAUGACAAUCAGCAUGCCGUUUAAAUUUCUUUACUUCUUCUCGCAGUUGGAAGAGUGUACUCAAUUUAAACAAAGUGGACAGUAACGAAUGUACAAUUUCAUUCGAUCGACUUGUGUCCCUUUAAUCGUUUUUCAAAAGGUGGUAUUAAACGGUUUAACAUUUGGAGAAGCAAUUUGAAGCUUGACAAGUGGAUAAUUACGUUUGAAAAAAUAGUAUUAAAAGUCGAUUGGUUGGUGUUUGUUUCAUGUGAAUGCUGAAAUUCAUUUUGAUACGAAUAGACACAAGUGUUAUUGAGAUUAUUAAGUGAUUAACAAUACUUUAGUUUUAAUUAAUUAAUCGAUUAUCUAUGUAAUUUUUUACGUAAUAAGAAUCAUUGAGUGUGUUUCGUUCUUGGAUUUAUUUGAAGAGGUUUAGUUAGUUUAUUUUCCCGCUCAGAGACGGGAGCUGUGCGUUGAAGAGGCAAACGGAGAGGCAACGAUAUACAUUUUGUGUUUUGUGUGUGUGCGUACACGCGCGAGUGUGUUUGUACAUCAGUUUAUUCAGUGUCUUAUCAGUGUACUUCCCUCCCUCCCUCCUUUCCUUUCCUUUCUUUCCUCUUUCUCUUUCUUCCUUCUCUUUUUCUUUCUCUCUCUCUUUUUGUUUCGACGAUGUUUAUAAUUUUUCGAAUAUCAUGCUAUUGAGUUCGUAUGUUCGUGAAAUGAAUUAUUUGAAAAAAUUCUGUAUAAAGGAAAUUUGUAUCCGGUUAAUAAAUAUAUCUCCGGUUAGAGCUUUGAACGAAAUGUAAUUUUUUAGCUACAAGAUGCAUGCGCUAAAAUGAUCGGUAUGCGUUGAUUCUUGUUAUUGAUAAUAACGUUGAUAACGAGUUGACAAGAUCUCAUGAUAACCUAUGAAACUCACGAGAUGAACUCGCGGUUUAUUUUAUUAUCCCAAAUAUAGGAAAUCGUUAAAUUAUAUUUAUGUUAAAGUCGUUCGCGGUUCUAUCGGUGUAGCGUGUAUUCCGUGUGUGUGCGUGAUCGGUGUAACGGGGACACGUGGCCAGUAUGACUCUCAAAGGUCACAUUAUCGUUAGCGAUAUUUAGACCGUUGGAUCUAAUGGGCCGACGUUUAACAGGCUAUAGUCAGCUAACGUGCGUUCAUUUAAUAUACACACUGUGUACGUAUACGUUUGCUACAUAACACAGUGUCAGGUUACUACAGCAUUCAUCCCCUUCGCCCUCAUCGUUGCAAAGUUCGUCGUUGAUCAUUCUCGCACACGGCACCACCCUCCAUUCGCUGCUCAUUCGUUUCUGUCUCCAUCGGUCUUCCGUGGAAGUGCCGUGAAAUACGAAGAAGCAUGAAUUUGAACAGGAUGUUCUCUUUUCUGGGGCUAACUAAUUUGCAUCUCACCAUUGAUGAUUACAACGUGUUAGUGGAUUUAAGAGAACGAUUGCCAGACGAAUAUUUUGGAUUAAAAUUAAAGGGCUUUCUCACGGAGACAGUGUACGUAUGUGUAGUGCCAGAUGCUAGUUAAGUGAUAUUUGUGUUGAGAGAUAGAGAGGAAUAUAUAUAUAUAUAUAUAUUCAAUAUAUAUAGAACAACGUGUGUAUAUUGUAUCAGUGUGUCGAGAACAGUUGGAUUGUCCUCGUAAUUUCCGUCUCCCUGGUCAACCCUAAUCUGGUUGCAUCGUUAUUUGCUAAAGGGGGAAUGAAGGACAGUACGUAGGGACUGGUCCUUCUCGUUUUGGAGAUGUGCCGCUAUAUACAGCACACUACCACCCUCGCCCUCCCCCUCGUACUUUUGGCGAUUCAUGCGAUCACCGUUGUACGAGCUGGCGAACAAGAGAGGGAAGUUUGGUAUGAAGGAGCUAAGCGAGCGAUCGAGGCACGAAUUCGUGCGGCUACGAACUCAAACGGUGCAGGACCAGGAACAGGGGGAGGUGGAGGUGGAGGAGGAGGAGGAGGUGGUGGUGGAAAUACAGCACCGAGUGCCGUAGCGCGUGGGGUCGUCCUUUUUGUUGGCGACGGCAUGGGCAUGAGCACCCUCACAGCUGCGAGAAUACUUUCGGGUCAACGUCAUGGAAAUACUGGGGAGGAAGCUCAGCUCGCAUGGGACAGCUUCCCAGCCGUGGCCCUUUCUAGGACAUACAACAUGGAUGCUCAAGUAGGCGAGUCAUCGGCGUGCGCGACAGCUUUGCUUUGCGGAGUUAAAGCAAAUUACGAAACAGUUGGUUUGGAUUCUUCAGCUCGCUUUGAAAAUUGUUACUCGAGUUUCGACGCGCACGUGCCAUCGCUCAUAAAUUGGGCACAGGGCCAAGGUAAAUCUACGGGAUUGGUUACGACCACAAGAGUCACGCACGCAACACCAGCGGCCCUUUACGCUCAUGCGGCGAGCCGUUAUUGGGAAGACGAUGGCAAAGUUCCAUCUGCUUCUCGUCCUUCCUGCAAGGAUAUCGCUAGGCAACUUCUCGAAGAUGAGCCUGGUCGUAAUAUUAACGUAAUUCUUGGUGGUGGAAGGCGUCAUUUUGUUCCUAAAGUGACAUUGGAUCCGGAAGAACCGGACAAAGAAGGCAGAAGAUUAGAUGGAAGAAAUCUUAUCGAGGAAUGGUCUCGUAACAAUCGCAUACGAAAAGUUUCCUCUAGAUACGUAUCCAAUAAAGAACAGUUCGACAGUGUUGAUCCACGACAAGUUAAUUACUUGUUAGGUUUGUUCAAACAUUUCUAUACCUUUAAUAAAAAAAAUAAAAAAAAACCUCUCAAAAAUCCCCAAAAAUAUACGAAUGACGAUAUAAAAUAGAAUAGUAAAAAGAAACAAAAAAACAAAGGGUUUACAAUUUAUGUUUCAGGUGGUAGAAUAGAUCAUGCCCACCAUUACAAUAACGCUUAUCGAGCACUAGAUGAAACUUUAGCUUUGGAAAAAGCAGUUCGAGCUGUCAUGAAGGAAGUUGACCUUACGGAAACUCUGAUCGUCGUGACGGCUGAUCAUUCUCACGUUUUAACCCUUGGUGGCUUGGCAACCCAUCGUGGCAAUCCCAUAUUGGGUUCUGACAGCAAGGUGUCGGAUGUUGAUGGACAACCCUACACGACGCUGCUUUACAGCAAUGGUCCCGGAUACACGCAACCACGAAAUAUUCUACGUGAUGCCGGCAAGGAUUCUAUACAGACAGCAGGCGUUCCACGUGCUUGGGCGACACAUGGUGGCGAAGACGUGCCAGUAUUUGCGAUUGGUCCACUUGCGAGUAUCCUCUUCUCAGGCAGCAUUGACCAAAGUUACAUACCACACGCGAUCUCGUACGCUGCCUGCUUAGCCCAUCAAGCAAGUCGUUGCACUCGAGACGAUAGUAGUAGCAGCAGCAUCGGUAGCAACGACACGAUGAACGCACCGAUAAGCUGUCCUUCGGCGGAACCGAACAGUGCAGCGAUAUCGAGCGACGUGAUGAACGAUCAGGCACGAAAUCCUAGCACGAAAUCCGUUGCUUCCCGACCACCUAGCAAACCCCGACAACCCCUCGACGAUCUUCUCUUUGCUCUCCUCUUACCCUGCCUCGUUGUGAACCUCCAACGAGUUUUCCACCUACCCCUUUCUAUCGACUAACCUGCUUGCUACUGGUUGGUAUUCGCUUUACUCACCACCCUUCUAUCACCACCACCACCACCACCAACACAACCACCAUCACUCUAUCAUCCUACUUGCCUGCCUGCCCGCCUGCCUGCCUGCCUACCUGCCUACUUGCCUGUUGGCUCUCUUUCAACCCUAACAGGCUUUCAUGUCCCAUCGGACGAACAAGAGCAGCCUCGAUCUAGCCUGCGUAUAAUCUCCUUUGAUCGUGCCCAUUCCAAGAGACACUACCUACUGACCACAAGAGCGUGACUCUUCAAGGGGUGAAAGCCUGAUAGAAAGGAGAAAACUUGAUAAAUAGCGAAUCGAGUUCAUCGAACCUAAUAUCUCUCCGCUUCUUUCUUACAUUACGAUAUUCAUUUUCUUCGGCUGGAAAUAUAUGGCUCGAUCAUGGGGAAAACGAUGACGCUGAUGUAUUGUACAUUUCAAGGUUUUCGUUAGGGAAAUUCUAUUUAUAAUAGAGUUCAUUUUCUCUCAUCGUGUCGAGAUGAGAUAAUGUUGUGUAUAAUAUUAAUAAUAUUAAUAAUAUUAAUAAUAAUAAUAAUAAUAGGAAGGUAAGGACAUGAGUUGGACUUGUUGCGAAUGUUUGCUUGUUAUUAAAAAAAAAAAAAGGAAUGUAAUUGAGAAUAAUUUGUGUAUUGCGUUCAGCUCUGGAUAGAAUUUCAUAGAUCGAGCUUUCAUCUGAAAAGUAUUAUUAACCCUUAAAUACGUGUGGUAGCAAAAUAUUAUUAUAUAUUAAUAUUUAAUAUAUAAAUUAACGUGCAA